AUGGCAGACAAGGGCGCCACUCUCGAUAUGUCUUUGUUCUUCGGAACACCAGAAGAAAAGAAGUUUUUCUGCAAUGAGCUGCUUCGUCUACUAAAAUUGAGAGGCGGUGUAAAAAUCCAGAAUCACAGCAUUCCUGAUGAAGACAUUCACAAGCUCUUUGAGAUGAGCCGCAAGUUCUUCUCAUUGCCACUUGAAACGAAGAUGGAAGCCAAGCACCCUCCCCAAGCCAACCCAAACCGUGGUUACAGCUUCGUUGGCCAGGAGAACGUUGCCAACAUUAGCGGGUACGAGAAGGGUCUCGGUCCUGGAAAGACCCGUGAUAUCAAGGAAACCCUUGACAUGGGCAGUGCUCAGGAUGACCUUGUCGAUAAUCUCUGGGUUCCUGAAAACAGCCUUCCAGGUUUCCGCAGUUUUAUGGAAUCCUUCUACGAAAAGGCCUUCAAGACGGAGAUGCAGCUCCUGUCUGCGCUUGCUAUCGCCCUCGGGAUCUCGGAGGACCACUUAAAGGCACUCCACAACCGCGCCGAGAAUGAAUUCCGCCUGCUACACUAUCCAGCCAUUCCUGCAGCAGAGCUUGCAGAUGGUACCGCAACUCGUAUUGCUGAACACACCGAUUUCGGCACAAUCACCAUGCUUUUCCAAGAUUCUGUGGGAGGUCUCCAGGUUGAAGAUCAGACACAACCAGGAGUAUUCAGAAGCGUCGAGUCGUCUGCGCCUACGGACAUCAUUCUCAACAUCGGUGACUCCCUUCAACGUCUCACUAAUGACACCUUCCGAGCAGCUUGCCACAGGGUCACGUAUCCCCCAGCAAUCAAAGCUGGAGAUAGCGUGGAGAUCCCUGAAAGAUACUCGAUUGCCUACUUCGUGAAGCCAAACCGCCAAGCUUCUUUGCUCCCGCUCAAGGAGUUCGUUACGGAUGCCACACCAUGUCAUUACGAAGAUGUUACCGCAUGGGAAUGGAACAAUCGCAGAAUCACUAAACUUUUCGCCUAG